AUGGAGUCCUCGUGGCUGGAGGCGCACUGGACGCGGCCCUUUUACCUGGCGUUCGUGUUCGGCCUGGCCCUGGGGCUGCUGCAGGCCAUCAAGCUCUACCUGCAGAGGCAGCGGCUGCUGCGGGACCUGCGCGCCUUCCCCGCGCCCCCCACCCACUGGUUCCACGGGCACCAGAAGUUUCUUCAGGAAGAUAAAAUGGAGAAGCUUGAGGAAGUUGUUGAAAAAUAUCCUUAUGCCUUCCCUUGCUGGGUUGGGCCCUUUAAUGCAUUUUUCUUUAUCUACGACCCAGACUAUGCAAAGACAUUUCUGAGCCGAACAGAUCCCAAGUCCCAGUACGUGUACAAGUUCUUAAUUCCGGGUAUUGGAAAGGGACUAUUGAGUCUAGAAGGGCCCAAGUGGUUCCAGCACCGUCGCCUAGUAACUCCUGCCUUCCAUUUUAACAUCCUGAAAACAUAUGUCAAGGUGAUGGCCCAGUCUGUGAACAUGAUGCUGGAUAAGUGGGAGAAGAUCUGCAGCACUAAGGACACAACCGUAGAUGUUUUUGAGCACAUCAACUUGAUGGCCUUGGACACAAUCAUGAAAUGUGCUUUCAGCCACGAGACCAACUGCCAGAUAAACAGCACCCAUAAUCCUUAUAUAAAAGCAACGUUUGAAAUGGGCAAAAUCAUCUUUUACCGGGUGUACAGUUUCUUGCAUCACAAUGACAUAAUGUUCAGACUCAGCUCUAAGGGCCGCCGCUUCCAUGAGUUAAUCCAAGUGCUGCACCAGUACACAGAAAAGGUAAUCCAGGACAGAAAGAAAUCCUUCAAGGACGGGAUGAAGCAGGGUAACCUCCAGGAGAAGAAGUACCAGGAUUUUCUGGAUAUCGUCCUUUCUGCUCAGGCUGAAAACGGAGACAGCUUCUCAGAUGCUGAGCUAGAGUCUGAAGUGAAAACGUUCAUGAUUGCAGGACAUGACACCACAUCAACGGGCAUCACUUGGCUCCUCUACUGCCUGGCUCUGAACCCUGAGCAUCAGGAGAAAUGCCGGGAUGAGAUCAGGGGCAUCCUCGGGGAUGGGUCCACUAUCACCUGGGACCAGCUGGGUGAGAUGUCAUACACCACAAUGUGCAUCAAGGAGUCGUUACGAAUGAUUCCUCCAAUCCCAUCCGUUUCCAGAGAACUCAACAAGCCCCUUACCUUUCCAGAUGGACGCUCCUUGCCUGCAGGAAUAACCAUUGUUCUCAGUAUUUGGGGCCUUCACCACAACCCUGCUGUCUGGAAAAACCCAAAGGUCUUUGACCCUUUGAGGUUCUCUCCGGAGAAUUCUGAUCAGAGACACCCCCAUGCCUUCUUACCAUUCUCAGCUGGACCAAGGAACUGCAUCGGGCAGCAGUUUGCCAUGCUUGAGUUAAAGGUGGCCAUUGCCUUGAUUCUGCUGCGCUUCAAAGUGUCUCCAGACCCCACCAGGCCACCCGUCUUCUCAAACCAUAUUGUCCUCAAACCCAAGAAUGGGGUCUAUUUGCACCUGAAGAAACUCCCUGAAUGUUAGAUCCCAGCAUACAGUAAUUAAAUAUAUUUUGUUUUUAAGUUAGAUUUACACUAAAGGAUCAAGCAAAUGGAGAGAAAUCAAAGUGUGGUGGGAGGGUUGGAGUUAGAUGGGAUGGGGGUCUCUGAGGAACUGCACGGUAUCCAAAAACAUUUCUAGGUAACUUGGGGUGUCAUCGAUGUAAUUCUGUUUCUGUAUGAUUCUGGAGGAUUUUCAGAUCUUUUCGAUUGGAUCCUGAGUACUAUGAAUGUUGUAUACUGAGGGUUUUGCUAGGUAACUUUCAUUUAUUUUCUGUAGCUCUUAAAAAUAGCUUUCAGAUUUACACAAGUAAUAGGUGAAUGUACGCUUACUGUAAAAAGUUUCCAACACUAGAAAAGCAUGUAGUAUAAAAUUUUUAAGUCUCACUCUGUGGCCCACACCCCAUGCCCUGACCAAUCCUACUGCUUUUCCUAAAAACAAAACAGUGUGGUGUGCACUCCUUCAGACUUUCUUCUAUACAUUUCAUAUGUACGUAUGUAUAUGUAUAUUCUUA